GUCUCGUCGAAUUCGACAUCUCACAGAGCACCUACUUACUUCCACACUCACCAUGGUUCGCUCAACUACAAUCUUCCGGGUUAGCGACGGUCUCCCGCUUGCCGCGAGCGUUGAUGACGAGACGACUGAGAAGGCUCUCACAGAGUACAAGCAGCAGAGCAAGCUCGUGUUCCGCCGCCUCACGCCCAACUCGGAGCCCGCAUGCUCAAUCGAGAGCGGCGACUACACGUUGCACUACCUCAUCGUCGGGCCCGUGAUCUACAUGUGCAUCUGCGAGGGGUCCUACCCCCGCAAGCUGGCGUUCAGCUACCUCGACGAGUUGAGCAAGGAGUUUUCGCGCUCGUACGGCGACAAAGUCGAGACGGCGACACGGCCAUAUGCGUUCAUGGGAUUUGACACGUUCAUCUCCAAGACAACCCGCCUGUACCGCGACUCGCGGAGCUUGACGCAUGGCGGGCAGGCCGCGGGGCCGACGACACAGCUCGACCAGCUCAACGAGAACUUGCGCGACGUGACGCGCAUCAUGACUAAGAACAUGGAGGAUUUGCUGUGGCGCGGCGACAGCUUGGAUCGCAUGUCGCACCUGUCGACAUCACUGCGAUCCGAGUCGGCCAAGUACCGCAAGGCGGCGCGGCAGAUCAACAUCGACGCGCUGAUCCGCAAGUGGGCACCGGUUGGUGGGAUCGCUUUCUUCUUCAUCCUGUUCAUCUGGUGGCGGUUCUUCUGAGCGUGUGUGGUGGCGCGGUGAGUGGAGCUGUUGGUGAGCGCACCCCCACAUCGUCAGACUGUCAGACGCCGCCUGUAGACCAGUAGGGUAGGACUCGCUGGUAGCGAUUUGGCGUAGGCAUGCAUAAUGUAGUCUAGUGGAUGCAGCCUGUGUCAUAUUGUA